UAGGCGGAGAACAAUACAUGUUGCAAUGGCUACAAGUUUAGCACAGUUCGAUUAAAGCUGUAAAUGCGUGUCUUUUAUUUUACAGAAACUGGAAAUAACACAGUCGAAAAAUGUCUUACGGACCCCAUUGAUAUCACACGUAUUGUAGAUGGGGACAUAACGGAAUGACAGGGAAUAUUGCACGCUAUACAUAAUCUGCUACCUUACUUUGGCAACAAAAGAGUUGGGCUUUUAUCUUUUAACACUAAUAAGGUUAUCCAAAUAGAUAACAAAAUGUAUAAAACUCAUUCAGCAUUUACCAAUUCGUUACAAAGGGUAUCACUUGUAAAUGGUAAUUUCACCUUAGCAGACGCUCUCAGUGAAACCCUAACUACACAAAUGGCACUGGCCAAUGGAAGGAGAAUCAAUGGUCUAGGCAUUGUAAUAGUUAUAGCCACCGAAUUAUCAGAAAAAGAAGUUGAUUUGGCGGCCAACAAAGCAGAAGAACUUCGUGAAGAUGGCAUCUACGUCGUUGCCGUAUCAUUACAUAAUGGUACAGAGUUUACAAAGAUUACUGGCAGUGAAGAAACCGUGUUUAAAUUUGGCAUAGAAGGAGAUAACACAGUAUCAUCAUUUGGACAAAACUUUGCACUUUUAGUUUGUAAAGCAUGUGAUUCGUCAUGGAACUACUACGAAGGGAAUUGCUACAGACUGUAUACAGCAGAUGAGGGGAAGUCGUCCAUCAAGUACGGCUACAGUGGAAUCCGCUGGAUGAAUGCAAGAAAGAAGUGUGCAGAACACGGCAGUCACCUCGUAUCAAUCAAUGAUGCAAUGGAAGAGAAUUUUUUAUUACAUCAUGUCGUAAAGAGAGAAGAUCCAUAUAGGGCUAAAGCGAUCUGACAACACUUUCUCGAAACAAUAUCAAGGCAUGUAUAGGUGGACUGAUGGAAAACCACCCAGGUUUGUGAAAUGGAAGGCGAUAGAUCCACAGACAAAACAGUCAGACGGUGCUGCAGUGGAGUCCUGCGUGACAUGGACGACCUACGGUAAUGUGUCCUGGUGGGAGAACGUUGGGUGUGGAGACCCCAUUGGAAAAGGAUUCGUAUGUGAAACCAAAGCAAGAAACAAUACAGAACAGUUGGGCAGCCCGGUAGUUCAUGCGUCGACUCGUGCACCACCCUUAGAUGGACUCUUUAACUGCAGCAAUGGUGAAAUCAUCUGGAAAUCUAGGACGUGUGACGGACAUCCUGACUGCUUUGACGGAAGUCAUGAACAGAGAUGUGGUUACCACAAGUACCAAUGUCCCGGCUACUUUAGAUGUAGAAAGAGCACGACGUGUAUCCGUUUGCAGGAUGUGUGUAAUAACAACGUUGACUGUCCUCAGGGCGAUGAUGAGAUGCCAUGUGGUUUCAGGUGUCCCUCUACUUGUAACUGUACUGGUUCUGUCUUUCGAUGUCUAGGAAAUUUUUGGAGUAAUGCAACAUUUGGAUCGUUAACACGAAAGCUACACUUGUCCUUUUCCAAUCUCGACCAGCUUACAGACAUAAGCUUUCAAGGACUGCCGAGCUUAUCAAACUGUCACAUUCAAAAUUUAAAGUGGAAAUUUUGGGAACUAAAGAAUUUGAUGUCAUUAUAUCUGAGUUACAAUACUAUAAGCCACCUGAAAGGGAAUGCAUUUCGGGGAUUGCACAAUUUAAGACUCCUUGAUUUGUCGGAAAACAGGUAUUUAACCACAAUUGAGAUUGGUGCUUUUGAUGAUCUUCAACGCUUGACUGAACUUCAAUUGCAUUACACUGGAAUCGAGAAACUUCAAAGAUUGUUGUUAUUUACACUAUCAAACCUCCUCAGUCUAAAUAUUUCGUACUCUAAAUUACAAUAUAUUGAAGAUCAUACUUUUAAAAAUCAAACAUCAGUGAAAUAUUUAUAUCUUGAUCAAACCAAAAUAUCAGACUUUGGACAGUACAUAUUUAAUGGCAUAGAUGAUUUUGAAAUCCUUCGAGCAGGUAUCUUCACGCUCUGCUGCCCAAGUGUCAGACCAUCUUCUGUUGAAGAUGAUAAAUGUUUUGCUCCACAAGAUGAAUUCUCGUCGUGUGAAGAUCUGAUGCAAAACAAUGUACUGCGUGUGUUUAUUUGGAUUCUUGGAGUAGCUGCACUUACUGGAAAUAGUUUGACAAUUAUUUACAGACUGUGUAUCGAUAAAUCAUCGUUAUCAAAAGGAUGUGGCUAUUUCAUUUUAAAUUUAGUAUUUUCAGAUUUUUUCAUGGGAGUGUACAUGAUUUUCAUUGGAACAGCAGAUAUGCUUUAUCGAGGGAAGUAUCUUUGGUAUGGAAAUAUCUGGAAACAGAGCCCAUGGUGCAAAAUUGCCGGAUUUCUCUCAACUUUGUCAUCUGAAGUAUCUACAAUGCUAAUCUGCCUCAUAACUCUCGACCGUUUGUUAGCAAUAAAGUUUCCGUUUGGACAGAUUAGAUUCAAUAAAAAGUCAUACAUUAUUGCUUGUGUGUUUGCCUGGUUGUUAGGCAUGGUGAUGGCUUUGGUACCUCUUCUACCUGCAACAAGCCACUGGAAUCUCUAUGGCCGUAACAGCGUUUGUCUCGCUGUACCUCUUUCAAGAGAUAGGGCACCAGGUUGGCAGUAUUCGACUAGCAUCUUCUUGGGAUUCAACCUUUUUGCAGUUACGUUCAUUGCUGUUGCACAAGUCGUCAUCUAUCGAGUGAUGAAAAGUGUUUCAAUUGUAAAGGAUAAGAAGCGACUGACUCGAUAACGUGCUGUUGCUCGGAAACUCAGUCUGGUAGUAUUAACUGAUUUCGCCUGCUGGUUUCCAGUCGUCAUUAUUGGACUAGCAGCACUCGGUGGAGUUCCUAUUGCUGGAGAGAUUUAUGCCUGGACAGCUGUUUUCAUAUUGCCAGUCAAUUCGGCUCUCAACCCAUUGCUGUACACCUUGUCAGCUUAUAGGCAGAAACGGGU